AUGAAAAAAAUAAAUGAUUGUAAUUUUAAUGAUGAUGAUGAUAUAAUGCUAUCAUCAUCAUCAUCAUCAUCAUCAUCAUCAUCAUCAUCAUCAUCAUCAUCAUCAUCAUCAUCAUCAUCAUCAUCAUCAUCAUCAUCAUCAUCAUCAAUUGAUUCAAUGAACGUUUAA